GACGUCGUUUUUGUUCAGUGACACAAUCUCCAACAUCUUCAAACCCUUUUGAGACCAACGAUUACAGAGAUGCAAGAUCCUCAUGUGCCAUCUUCUCCCACCAUCUCUUCCGUCUCUUCCUCCGAUCUUGAUACCGAGUCUACAGGAUCGUUCUUCCAUGACAGAAGCAUCACACUGGGAACGCUUAUGGGAUUUAGUUUCACUGCAACCAUGCCGAUGCCAUUUAGAGCUUCUUCGCAUCGCCACGUGUCACCUUCCGUCGCAAUCUCACGAGCUUCCAGCUCCAAUGCAAGACGCCACCACCAGAGAAAGCGUCCUCCUUCAAAUUCGGCUGAGCCUGAGCGGCAUCGCCGUCGCAAGUGGUGGCGCUUUUGCCGAGAUGACGAUGACGACGCCGCAGGAAAUGGAAUCCACCGUGGUACCGGAGAUUCUAAGCGGUCAUCGCUCGGGGAGUAUCUAGAGGUUGAACGGAGGUUUGGAGAUGAAGCCGUUUAUGGCUCAGCCGAGGCGGAGCUAGAGGGUGCGGUGGUGGCGCGGUACCAAGAUCAGCAGCCGGGGAUGGGGGAGCGGGCAUUGUUUGCCGACGGGAGGGUUCUUCCUCCGGCUUCAGCUGAGGUAGUUACCGGAGAAAGUACGCCGGUGGCCACGGCCCUUUGUAGAUUCCCGGUUUCCUUAACCGGUAUAUGCAGUGGUGGCGGAGGAUAAAUACGUCGGUUCAUGUGUGUGUUUUGUAUUAGUUCUUUUUCGUAUUUAGACUUAAAAUUUUUGUAUUCAGUUUCUAGAAUCAUUGUUUGUGGAAAAUAUAACAUGUUGAUGUAG